AGACAGCUAACAGCUCUGUGGAGUUUCGCUGCAGACCGUGGCCAUGGCUUUGGCAGUCCCGAGCAGACGUGUCGCUCCCGUCUCCACACACCUGACAGCGGACCUUCGGAGGAAGCAUAUCCUGCGCGCCGUUUAAGACGGUUGAGCCCCUGAAGAACCACUCCUGUUCAGUCAAGGAUCAGCUUUUUCAGAUGGACACUGACAAACCAGCAGCGUUCUUUUUCAAAAGACAUAAAAUGGAAGAAUAAACUCAAGAUUGAUAGAGCACAGUUCCCACUGUCCUCUUGUGUUCUCUGAUCCGAUCAGAGAAAGCCUCACCUGCUUUCAACCUCCCAGAGAAAUAGAAAAGGACAAAAAGGGCGAUUUGUCAUCUACCGGUUCUUUUUCCUCUCUCAGGACAAAAUUUCUCCAUUUACCUCAGGGAUAUUUUUCCCCAUUGCCUACCUCCUCCAUCAAAACAGCCAACAGUGAGUGGAACACGGUUCAGAAACUCACCUGCGACCUCCCGAUGCUGUUACCAGGACAACCUUUAUUGCCUCUCAAGCUCUCUGCACUGUAACUGUGACAGCCAGCAAUGACCUUGGACCUCUUACCACCUGCCAGUGCAGAGGUGCUCAUUGCCUAAAGUAUACUGAUCCUCACUUGUAGCCUGGACUGUGAGCCAUUACUGGAAGGAAAAGGGUCAUAUUGCCACAAAAACAGCUACACAUUCACAAGAGCUUCACUCAUUUGUAUAAUAUACUGUACAUGGCAGGCAACUAUAUACCUCAGUAGCCAGGGCCCCUUAAUCAAGGGCACAGAAGGGAACCUUUCUGCGACAGCAUUCAUUAGCCUGGUGCUUCAGUCUGCCUAGUAGACUUACUCCAACAUCUUGCAAUUGCCUUAGAGGAAGGGGUAUAACAACAGUAGCCAGGGAAGCCUUUAGAGAAUCAGAGAGCAAGAGUCAGGGCUACCACCUGGCAGGCAACUUCACUUCUUUUGCAUCUCCGAAAAGUCACAUCAUACAGGAGCCUAACAAUCUAGGCAGUAGCAUAAAUCAGUAAUCGCCCAAGAGGUCUUCAGAGAUCACAGACAAGACUGAGAUGUUCCCCCUGCCUUGAGUUUCCACUUCACUUCUCGUGAAGUAAAACUACCCACAGAACAGGAGAAGUGUUUUUUGGAGCCUCGUCAGGUUUUUCUUUCUCUGGAGCCAAGCCACAAAGAAUAAAGAGCACUGUGGCAGAUUUAACUCAGAACUGUAAACUCUGUAAAGUACAAAGAGUAAACACUGAGAAGAUUCAUACUGUGUGACGGUGAAGAGAAGAGGAGGGAGAAAAGCAUUACAAGUAAAGAGAAGAAUGUAGUGCUUUCUUCUGCUUCCACUGAUGUCCUGCUCACUGUGGUCCUCCCAGCCAAUCGUGGCCCAGAUUUUCAGAUGGCUAUCUUUUGAAGGGGCCGCCGGCGAAUGCUGAGCAGGCUGGGGAGGUCGGGAUCCGCCUCAUUGUCCUGUGACUUGUCGCUGGACGGGACUGAGGCUGAAUGGAGCCAAUGUACAACAAGCAGGACAGCAACUCCUCCGAUGGGGAUGAGAAAGGGUGGCCAGAUGUGCCAAAGAGAAAGAGAAAAAACAGCCAGUGUUCGGUGAAGAGUAUGUCUGCUCUUAGCAUCUCUGUUCCAGGGUAUGUCCCCAGCUACCUGGAGAAGGAUGAGCCAUGUGUAGUGUGUGGAGACAAGGCGACUGGUUACCACUAUCGUUGCAUCACGUGCGAGGGUUGCAAGGGUUUCUUUCGCAGGACCAUCCAGAAAAACCUCCAUCCAUCUUACUCCUGUAAAUAUGAAGGCUGCUGCAUCAUUGACAAGCUCACCCGCAACCAGUGCCAGCUGUGUCGCUUUAAGAAGUGCAUCUCUGUGGGCAUGGCCAUGGACUUGGUGCUGGACGACACCAAGCGCGUGGCCAAGCGGCGUCUGAUUGAGGAGAAUCGAGAGAGGAGGAAAAAAGAGGAAAUGGUGAGGAUGCUGCAGACCAGGCCGGAGCCAAACACCACAGAGUGGGAGCUGAUCAGGAUGGCGACAGAGGCCCACCGACACACCAACGCCCAGGGCUCCAGCUGGAAACAAAAGCGCAAGUUCCUGCCCGAUGAUAUUGGCCAUGGUCCAAUAGUUCCCACGUUCGGCGGUGAUAAGGUGGACCUGGAAGCCUUCAGUGAGUUCACUAAGAUUAUGACACCUGCCAUAACUCGUGUUGUCGACUUUGCCAAGAAAUUGCCCAUGUUCUCAGAGCUGCCUUGUGAAGACCAGAUCAUCUUGCUGAAGGGAUGCUGCAUGGAGAUCAUGUCGCUGCGCGCUGCCGUACGCUACGACCCGGACAGUGAGACGCUGACGCUAAAUGGCGAGAUGGCGGUGAAACGUGAGCAGCUGAAGAACGGAGGGUUGGGCGUGGUGUCGGAUGCCAUCUUUGAUUUGGGCAAGAGCCUGGCUCAGUUUAAUCUGGAUGACUCGGAGGUAGCGCUGAUGCAGGCUGUGCUGCUCAUGAGCUCAGCCAGUCAUGGGAUAAACUACCAUGGUAUAUUUUAGGGGUGUAACAUUCCUGAACUGUGACCAAAAACUGGGAUACAAUAUAAAAACUGAAAAAACCGUGAUACCAGAAGAUGGAACCUGGACCCCCAACACCCUGCCACCCCACCCUGCCUGCCCCAAACCCCAGACUGCUGCCUCCACUGCAGACCGUUCUGGGCUGACCAGUGUGGAGAAGGUCGAGCAGUGCCAGGAAGCCUACCUGCUGGCGUUCGAGCACUACAUCAAUUACCGC